AUGUCACGUCAAGAUAAAGCCACAACAGAAAGGAAUGCAAAAACUCUCAGAGAGCUCGUCAAAAUCCCAGAAAACAAGCUGUGUGCAGAUUGCAAGCGUAAUGAUGCACGUUGGGCUUCAUGGAAUAUAGGUGUCUUUGUCUGUAUCCGGUGUUCAGGAAUCCACCGUUCGAUGGGAACCCACAUCAGCAAAGUGAAAUCGGUCGACCUCGAUGUUUGGACUCCUGAGCAAAUGCAGUCUGUUCAGAAGUGGGGGAAUCGCCUGGCGAAUCUUUAUUGGGAAGCUCAUCUUAAACAAGGGCACAUUCCACCAGAUCACAAAAUGGAUUCAUUUAUACGCUCGAAAUACGAAUCACGCCGAUGGGCACUGGAUGGUCCCCCUCCCUCUGACCCUUCCGUACUUGAAAACGGUACACCGUCCAAGCCGGCAGCACCCUCGGCACCUGGAACUCCUGUACAACAGGCUCCGGCGCCUUCACAGGCUACCCAUACUCCAACGAAUAGUAUCUCUGCUCCACGUUCUACCACGUCCACGAGGCAUCAAUUACUAUCUACCGGCCUCGUGAACCGGCCUGUAGGUCCCGUACCCACACCCUCGCCUCCAGCUACAGCCGCCCCUACUGUCACUGCUCCCGCUCCAGCUCCUCAGAAUGAUUUGUUCUCUCUCGAUUUCCAUGCACCUCCAACUCGAACUAAUACCACAACGGAUAACUCCACACCCGAGCAGAGAAAAGAUGUCAAGCAAGAUAUCCUGUCCCUAUUUUCAGCUGCUCCUCCUCAAUCAUCAUCUGCUAUGAACUCUGGAUUUGGUCAAUUAUCUGGGGUCCCAGCGCAGGCAGUUUCUCCUUGGGGCGCCGCUCCGGUUGCGGCCCAGGCUCCUGUGACGAGCAUGAUGGGCUCAAAUGGAACCGGAAUGUGGGGGACGAGUUCAGGAUGGGCCAAUGCUCCUGCAGUGCCUGCACAGUCGAACGUUUGGGGUGCUUCUGCUGCUCCAGCCGUCCCUCAGCAGCAGUUUAAUCUAUAUGCAAGCAGUAACGAUAUCUGGGGAAGUUCAUCUACGGUCGCGCCUGUUGCAACUGGGGGAAGUCAGGAUCUGUUUGGCUCAUUCUCGACGGCUGGUGCUCCAGUGCCCAAAAAGGACGAUGCGUUUGGAGAUAUUUGGGGAGGGUUCAAGUAG